AUGACUUCCCAAUCUUAUAAAGAUCUUAUUCGUAAUAAUAAAAAGUUACUUCAAAACGAACAUGAUUCUGAUGUUAUAAUUUACGUCGAUGAUGGAAAGAAUUCAAAAGAAUUUUAUGCGCAUUCACCUAUUUUAAUUGCACGUUCACCUUAUUUUGAAACCGCUUUUUCCAAUGAUGUUGAAAAAGAUGAUGAAUUAACUGGUGUCGAAAUCUUACAUAUUCGUAUCGCGGCUGAUAAAUUUCUUCCUAAAAAAGUUUCUGAUAAUAUUCAAUUAUUUUUGGAUCAAAAGCUAGAAGAAUUUGUACGACAUGAUGCUGUUAGCAUGUUACAAGAAAUCUUUAAAUAUAAUAAUAGUAUAUGUGAAUCAUUACGUGAAUCUUGCCUUCAAAUCAUCUGUAAAGAUCCAAAUGCAUUAUUUGAUCAUUCAAAUUUUACUCAAUUGGACGAAAUUAUUUUGAUGAUUGUCUUACAACAAGAUGAUCUUGGUGAAUUAAGUGAAAUUAGUAUUUUAAAUUAUUUAGUCAAAUGGGGAAUUGCUCGAAUAUUAACUACUACUACUCAGGAUAUAACUGAAUUGGAAAAUUCUGAUUAUAUUAAAUUACAAAAAGUUAUCAAUGAUUGUGUUCCUUUUAUUCGUUGGUUUCAAAUUCCAAUAUCUGAAUUUCGACAAAAUUUAUCGUGGAUUGAAAAAAUUUUACCUUCAAAACUGUAUUUAGACAUUGUAAAUUAUCAUUUUGACAAUACCACACCACCAGAAACGUUUGAAGUUUUACCAAGGAAUAUUCCAUCCAAGGACAGUGAAGAAACUCGUAAAGAAGCUCCUAGAAAAUAUUUAUAUACAUCAGAAAUCGCUAUAGAUAAAUUAAAUGGUGUUGAAAUCCUGCAACUCUUGGUGGCAGCUGACGAACUACAACUUCAAAACAUUGUUGAUAAUUUUCAACCUCUUAUGAAUCAAAAACUUGAAGAAAUUAUGCGAGAUGAUAUUGUUUUCAUAUUUUAUACAAUUUUUAAACAUAAUAACAGGAUAUAUGAAUCGCUGCGCGAUAGAUUUCUUUAUUGUAUUUGUAUGAAUCCAAGAUUAUUAUUUGAUGAUCCAAAAUUUACUCAAUUAGAUAAAUAUCUACUAAAAAUUACUUUACAACGGGAUGAUCUUGGCAACAUAAGUGAAGAUGAUAUUUGGAAUUAUUUAGUUAUAUGGGGAAUUUCUCAAGCAUCAGACAUUCUUCAAAGUAAAAACAUUUAUGAAUGGAAAGAAGAUGAUUAUUUGACUUUUAAAAUGAUUAUUUACGAAUUAAUUCCUUUAAUUCAUUGGUUUCAAAUUUCAUCAACUACAUUUAAACAAAAUUUAUUAUUCUUUGAAAAAAUUUUAGAUAAUGAAUUAUAUCAUGAUAUCAUACGAUAUCAUCUUAAUUCGGUUAUACCAAACAAGACAUUUAGAACAUUUCCAUCCAGAUAUACUCCUUCUAAUAAUAUAGCUUUUGUUAAUCCGCAAUGCUUCAAUAUUAUUGCAAAUUGGAUUAGUAUGUGUACUGUUGAAAAAACCCCCGAGAUUAAACGGAAAAGACAAUCAUUUAUGGAUAAAAUAUUAAAUUUGCAUGAUAAAUCAAGUAAUACUUUUUAUGAUUUAAGUCGUUCAAACCUUGCACGUGUUAAAAAGGACUCUUAUGCAGUUGAAUAUAGUCCUUUAAAUGGACCAAUUUUUGGGCAUUCUGAUUACAAAGAGGGGUAUGAUAUGUGUAUAUAUAAUAACAUAUUAGCUUUUGGUAGACGUAGUUGUUAUCCUGAUUCAAAAAAUUUUUCAAAGGCAUCACAUUUUGAAAUAGAAGAUUAUGAAGUUUGGCAA